CCAGUGGCAUCAUCGAACCUCUCCCCUCAAAAUAAAGGAGAGUAUUAAAAUAAUUAAUCUUAUCCACAAUGCCACUGAAUUUUAACCGAUUGUGCCUACCAUUGCUUAUGUUGGCUUGUCAUCUGGUGGCUGAGAUUCCGCAAUGCUUUCACUUUACCUGGGUUGGUGCCUACGAUAAUCACUCAAACAUUCAGACCGAAACCUGCGAUUCCAGAGUGGGUGAUUUUAAUGACAUACCCUGCGAAGAGCCAUUGGUUGUGACACCCGACGACACAGUUCCGGAUGUUAAGGCUCUAUGGCAAAAUACCACGGAAAACCGCGAGAACUUUCUGUGCCAAAUGUCGCCCGGCCGCUCAUGCGUGAAAUACUCCUACAUAUUCAAAGGCGGAAUACAAAACAUCACGUAUAUGUGCGCCAAAGUGAACAGCAGCAACGGGUGCUAUCGCCAGUUACAUCCCACCGGUAUGGUUGUGGAGGCCUGUGUCUGCACCUCCCGAGUGGGUCUGAUACCCUGUAAUGGCUGCUCGAAAACUCGGCUCGGUGGAGCUACGGGCUGGGCUCUUUGUUUGCUCGGCCUUUAUCAAUGGCUAAAUAAAUAUCGAAUCGUUUGAACUGCAAA